AUGUUCCAAAUGAUGGUGCCGAUGAUGGGACUUGUCUCAAAAUCGCUACCUCAAGGCACCCUGCUGAUCUCUGACUCAAGGAAGCCAAGAAACCCAAACAAGUUAGCCAUCAACUUGAGCCCCUUUAUUGAGAUCAACGAGGGAUACUAUUACUUUGGUCAGGAGAAAGUGAACUGGCAUGUAGCCUAUGAGAACUGCCGCAAGUUGGGCUCAGACCUGGUGACCUUCGAAACACCCCAGGAGUUUGACGCUGUGGCUGGGCAUUUGAAAAGCAAGGGAGAGCGCUCCGAUCACUGGACAUCUGGCAAUGAUCUGGGAAAAACAGCCAACUACAAUUGGUUUACCAACGGUCAGCCCAUAACCACAAAUAGGUGGGCCCCCAGGCAACCGGACAAUGCUGGCGGAAUAGAGCAUUGCGUACAUCUCGGCUAUGUUUAUGAGACUUCUACGGAUAUCGAACUGAACGAUCGUCCCUGCAAUGAUGGAAGAAGCCUUUACAAAUAUGUUUGUGAGGCUCCAAAGCUAGAAACUAUAUCUAUUGUAGUUUGGAAGUAA